AUUUCCUCUCCUGUAACCUCACUACAUUUUUUGUGGUUCCCUUUUUUUCUCCAAGCCAUUAAAAAGGCGAAGAUAUGGAGAUUUUUGGAAAAAUGAUGUCAUUGAUGAGUCUUAUGAUGAUGGUGAUGUGCAAGAGUGUGGACGGUUAUAGUAGCGGUUGGGUCAAUGCUCGAGCCACAUUCUAUGGAGGUGCUGAUGCCUCUGGCACCAUGGGCGGUGCGUGUGGGUACGGUAACUUAUACAGCCAAGGAUACAACACUAACACAGCGGCGCUAAGCACGGCUCUAUUCAACGGCGGCCAAAGCUGCGGCGCUUGUUUCCAGAUCAAAUGUGUAAAUGAUCCAAAAUGGUGUCGCCGGGGAACAAUCACCGUCACCGGAACAAACUUUUGUCCACCUAACUUUGCUCAAGCCAACGACGCUGGAGGUUGGUGUAAUCCUCCCCAACAUCACUUUGACUUAGCUCAGCCCAUCUUUCUCCGCAUCGCUCAAUACAAAGCUGGUGUCGUCCCGGUUCAAUACCGGAGAGUGGCUUGCCGGAGAAGAGGCGGGAUGAGAUUCACGAUCAACGGCCAUUCAUACUUCAACCUCGUACUCAUAACCAACGUCGCCGGCGCCGGAGAUGUUGUUUCGGUCUCCAUCAAAGGGACAAGGACAGGUUGGCAAAGCAUGUCGAGAAACUGGGGACAGAACUGGCAAAGCAACGCAAAUCUUGACGGUCAAGCUCUCUCUUUCAAAGUAACAACUAGUGAUGGCCGUACAGUUGUUUCUAACAACGCUACUCCUCGUAACUGGAGCUUCGGACAGACUUAUACCGGAAAACAGUUCCGAGCUUAGAGGUGAUGACGUGGACAGAACACUUUAUGAAGCAAAAAAAAAACGUUUUAUUUACUGAUUUUGGAGUUUAGUAGAGUUUACAUAGUUUUUUUUAUAAAGGUAUCUGAAUUUAUCUAAUUAACAUAAACGAGAAACUAAAUUGAAUAAUUAAUGGCGGAAAACAAGUUUUUUUUUCACCGGCAGCUUUUGUAAUUUGCCGGUGAGGCUGAGGUGAACAGAAAGGGAGAAAAGGGAGCUUUGUGUUUUCACCCGCCGCCUGAGCAUUUGAGGUUUCCUUUUUUUUAUUUAUGUUUUUUUCUUUUGUAUUUUAUUUGGCUUUAAUAUAUGUUCGAUGGUAUGUUUCUGCA